UUGCACUGUCUGCCGCCUCCGCUCCUUCCCCAUUGCUGAAGGCUCAGUGGCAUCCAUCGUCGAGGUCGAGGCGCUCCCGCCGGCGGCCAUGGAGAUGCAGCAGCUCGACGACUACUCUCCGGCCAAGAGCAAAGGGCGCACGGACUCGCAGGAAGGCAGCUGGAGCGGACCGGUCGAGGACUGGCGUGCGAUCAACUCGAGGAGGAACGCCAAGUGGUGGUACGCCGCCUUCCACAAUGUCACCGCCAUGGUCGGCGCCGGCGUGCUUAGCCUUCCCUACGCCAUGUCCGAGCUCGGCUGGUCCGUCUCAGUCUAUCUUCCAUGGCGAUCAGGGGGUUGGCAUCACGGCGCUGGUCCUGUCCUGGAUCAUCACGGUGUACACGCUGUGGCAGAUGGUGGAGAUGCACGAGAUGGUGCCGGGCAAGCGGUUCGACCGGUACCACGAGCUGGGGCAGCACGCGUUCGGCGAGAAGCUGGGCCUCUGGAUCGUCGUGCCGCAGCAGCUGGUGGUGGAGGUCGGCCUGAACAUCGUCUACAUGGUCACCGGCGGCCAGUCCCUGCAGAAGUUCCACGAGAUGGUCUGCGACGAGAGGUGCAAGAACAUCAAGCUCCCUUAUUUCAUCAUGAUCUUCGCCUCCGUCCAGUUCGUGCUCUCCCAGCUCCCCAACUUCCACUCCAUCUCCAGCAUCUCCCUCAUUGCCGCUGUCAUGUCUGUCAGUUACUCGACGAUCGCAUUUGUCGCGUCAGCAGAUCAUCACAGGACGAAUUCGGCAGAGGUGGACUACAGCCUGCGUGCAACUACGACGCCCGGGAAGGUGUUCGACUUCUUGGGGGGUCUGGGCGACGUGGCGUUCACAUACGCCGGGCACAACGUGGUGCUGGAGAUCCAGGCCACCAUCCCGUCGACGCCGGACAAGCCGUCCAAGAAGCCCAUGUGGAAGGGCGUCGUCGUCGCCUACAUCAUCAUCGCCGCGUGCUACUUCCCUGUUGCGCUCGCCGGCUACUGGGCCUUCGGCAACCUUGUCGAUGAGAACAUCCUCAUCACCCUCGAGAAACCAAGGUGGCUCAUCGCCGUCGCCAACAUGAUGGUCGUCGUCCAUGUCGUUGGCAGCUACCAGGUCUACGCGAUGCCGGUAUUCGACAUGAUAGAGACGGUGCUAGUGAGGAAGUUUUGGUUCACUCCAGACCUGAGGCUCCGUAUGAUUUCCCGGACUGUCUAUGUUGCGUUCACAAUGUUCGUAGCCAUGACCUUCCCCUUCUUCAGUGAACUGCUCAGUUUCUUCGGUGGAUUUGCCUUCGCGCCGACAAGUUAUUUCCUUCCCUGCAUCAUGUGGCUCAUAAUCUGCAAGCCAAAAAGGUUCAGCCUCUCAUGGUUCACCAACUGGACGUGCAUUUUUAUUGGAGUGUCAUUGAUGAUACUGGCACCGAUUGGAGGUCUCCGGCAGAUCAUUUUGAAGGUCAAGACAUACAAAUUCUACCAAGACUACCAUGGUUUAAGCCAUUAGCCAUAAUUAACAGUGCUCAGCAUGUCUCGGGCCAUCAUUAGCUAAAAAAAGGUUUUGAAUUUUGUACCAUAAAAUUCCUCUUUUUUUGUUUUUGGCAUGACAAGAGAAAUUGACAUCAUCAUGCAGUGUAAUUUGCCCACGGAACCGAUGAUAGCUCCUAACGCGAGUUUUAUGCGUGCCAAAAAAAAUACGGUAAUAUCACGGAUGAUCGGAUUCAGAUCUA